AUGAAACCACCCACGGUAUAUCCUGAUAUUACCACCCUUAUCAACUCUAAUCCAGAUAUAAUUCCUCCAAAGGUCGAAUCAACAUUUGUUGAUCCUAAAAUAUGCCAAGUAUGUGGUAAACGAUCCAACGAGAUGCUGAGACAUAUGAGAAUCCACGAUACUUGUCAUCGAUUUACAUGUAAGUUCCCUUCAAGUUGGUGCAACUAUAAGUCAAUUAAUUAUAAAAGGAAAUACGAAUUCAAGCGGCACCUCUUGGCGAAGCAUUUUAAAUUCGAUCACAUCAAGAUGGAUAGAAAAAUGAGUGUCAGUACAGUACUAGAUCAUAGUGGACUGUGUCCGUGUGGGAUCCAUACGACUGCAAGAUGGUGGAUUGAAAGUCAUAUUUUGGUAGAAGAUCAAGCCCAAGUUUGUCCCCUCUUCAGAUAUUAG